AUGACGUCGGCCGGUUCUUCAUUGACGUCGCGGACCGUAACGCGUUCCGCCUUCAGGGAGACGUCCACGGUAGGUUGCGGCUUCUCGAGUUUCACCAGUUUCAGGAUGGAGAAGCAAGAUUUUGCAAGGCUUGCGAUGCCUCAGUAUCUACGUUUAGCUAUGCUUGAUUCCAUUAGGAAACAAGAUGUCAACGGCGGUGACCGGCAUUUCCAAAUGCCUCGGUCCGACGACGAUCCCUGUUGUCAAACCCCUGUCGUCGUUUUUAUUAAUCCUAAAAGCGGCGGCCGCCUCGGCCCCGUCCUUAAAGAGCGUCUCCAGCACUUAAUCAGCGAAGAGCAGGUAUUUGACCUCCAUGAUGUGAAGCCGCAUGAAUUUGUACGGUAUGGACUGGCUUGCCUUGAGAAGUGGGCCGAAAAUGGGGACUCUUGUGUCAAAAAGACAAGGAUGAACAUGAGAGUUAUAGUUGCUGGUGGUGAUGGGACAGUUGCUUGGGUUCUUGGAUGUCUUGGAGAGCUUCAUAAAAUGGGUCGGUUUCCGGUUCCCCCUGUAGCUAUCAUUCCACUUGGUACUGGCAAUGACCUGUCUAGAAGUUUCGGUUGGGGAGGUUCGUUUCCUUUUUCCUUGAAAUCAGCUAUUAAAAGAACGCUGCAGAGAGCUACGACCGGUCCAAUUUGCAAUUUAGAUAGUUGGCAUGUUGUGGUGCAAAUGCCUGGUGGAGAAGUUGCUGAUCCUCCCCAUUCUUUGAAGGCUACCGAAGAGUGUGGUGUUGAUCAGACUUUGAAGAUUGAAGGGCACGUUCCAGACAAAGUGAACUUCUAUGAAGGAGUAUUCUAUAAUUACUUUAGCAUAGGAAUGGAUGCACAAGUGGCUUAUGGAUUCCAUCAUUUUCGGAAUGAGAAACCUUUCCUUGCACAAGGUCCUAUUUCAAAUAAGAUUAUCUACUCCGGCUACACUUGCACUCAGGGUUGGUUUCUCACACCUUGCAUAAGUGGUCCAACUUUAAGGGGACUCAAUAACAUUUUAAGACUACACAUUAAAAGAGUCAACUGCUCGGAAUGGGAGCCAAUCACAGUACCUGAAAGUGUGAGGGCAAUUGUUGCUUUAAAUCUUCCUAGUUAUGGAAGUGGACGAAACCCAUGGGGCAAUCUAAAGCCAGAGUAUCUGGAAAAGAGAGGCUUUGUUGAGGCUCAUGUUGAUGAUGGUCUUCUAGAAUUAUUACAAAGUGAAAAUAUCUGA